GGCGGCGCCCUGGGAGCUGUGUGGUUGGCGUGCGCGCUCCGCCGCGGUCCUGGAGGCCGCUGGGCGCGUGCGCGGGCGGUCGCUACCUGCGGCCGAGCCAGGGAGCGAGAGGGCGCCGAGAGCAGCGGGCUUGGGCAGCAUGAGGCCCGGAGGGGAGCGGCCCGUGGAAGGGGGCGCAUGCGAUGGCCGCUCCGAGCUGGAGCUACUGAAGCUGCGCGCGGCGGAGUGCAUCGACAAGGCGGCCGAGCGGCUGGGGGCCCUGAGCCGCGCUAUCUGGAGCCAGCCCGAGCUGGCCUACGAGGAGCACCAUGCCCACCGCGUGCUGACGCACUUCUUCGAGCGGGAGCCGCCCGCGGCCUCCUGGUCAGUACAGCCGCACUACCAGCUGCCCACGGCCUUCCGCGCCGAGUGGGAGCCGCCGGAGGCCCGGGCGUCGAGCGCCACGCCACGCCCGCUGCACCUGGGCUUCCUCUGCGAGUACGACGCGCUGCCCGGCAUCGGCCACGCCUGCGGCCACAACCUCAUCGCCGAGAUCGGGGCGGCGGCCGCGCUGGGCGUGAGGGGGGCCUUAGAGGGCCUCCCCAGGCCGCCUCCGCCCGUGAAGGUAACUGUCCUGGGAACCCCUGCAGAAGAAGAUGGUGGUGGCAAAAUUGAUUUAAUUGAAGCAGGGGCUUUUACAAAUCUUGAUGUUGUUUUUAUGGCCCAUCCAUCACAAGAGAAUGCUGCUUAUCUACCAGAUAUGGCUGAACAUGAUGUGACUGUGAAAUACUAUGGAAAAGCAUCUCAUUCUGCUUCUUAUCCCUGGGAAGGAUUAAAUGCAUUAGAUGCUGCCGUGCUGGCCUAUAACAAUCUGUCUGUGUUCAGACAGCAAAUGAAACCAACCUGGAGAGUUCAUGGUAUAAUAAAAAAUGGUGGUGUAAAACCCAAUAUCAUUCCCUCUUAUUCUGAAUUAAUCUAUUACUUCCGUGCACCCUCAAUGAAAGAACUUCAAGUUUUGACCAAAAAGGCAGAAGAUUGCUUCAGAGCUGCAGCUUUGGCUUCAGGGUGCACAGUGGAAAUUAAAGGUGGAGCACAUGAUUAUUACAAUGUUCUUCCCAAUAAGAGCCUAUGGAAGGCCUAUAUGGAAAAUGGAAGAAAGCUAGGAAUAGAAUUCAUUUCAGAAGAUACAAUGUUGAAUGGCCCUUCAGGAUCUACGGAUUUUGGAAAUGUUACUUUUGUGGUUCCUGGAAUUCAUCCAUAUUUUCACAUUGGAUCUAAUGCCUUGAAUCAUACUGAACAGUACACUGAAGCUGCUGGGUCACAGGAAGCUCAGUUCUACACUUUGCGGACGGCCAAAGCUCUGGCAAUGACGGCACUAGAUGUUAUUUUUAAACCAGAGUUACUGGAAAGAAUCAGAGAGGACUUUAAACUGAAACUUCAAGAAGAACAGUUUGUAAAUGCAGUAGAAUAAAAGGAAGACUUAGGGGCCACUUAUAAAUCAAGAAGACGUGAUGAUUUUUUUCUUUUAAUCUCUUUUAAUGAAGGCAUGCUUGUUUUUUAAUCUUAAAGGAGUAAAAUUCUUUUUACCUGAUAAGUGAGGACAGGGUGUGGAGAAAACAUAUUACCUCAUAUCUAAAGUGAAAAUUUUUGCAAAUCCGUACUCGAUGGGAUUAUGAUAUUACAGGAGCUGGUAUGUGAUGCCAUUCUUUCUUUUUUUUACCCCCUGCAACCACUCACCUUCACAGUAGUGAUACCAUUUCUUAAACAACCUGGAGGAUACAUGGCAUCAUUUUUAUAAAAUAUUUUAAUGAACCUUUUUAUAAGCCUUAAAUGUUACGUUUAUUUUUAAAAGCUUAAGAGAUUUCAAACCUUAUAUUCAGAAUUGACACCCAUGAGAGUGUUUUGUGGUAUGGGUGGUAAACUUGUUCUCUAAUUGUAUAUUAAUUCCUCUACCAGAUUGUAUAUUUGAAGCCAGUGUCUUUUUUUUUUUUUUUUUUAAGACAGAGUCUCGCCCUGUUGCCCAGACUGAAGUGUAGUGGCACAAUCUUGGCUCACUGCAACCUCUGCCUCCCAGGUUCAAGUGAUUCUCCUGCCUUAGCCUCCCAAGUAGCUGGGAUUACAGGUGUGUGGCACCAUGCCCAGCUAAUUUUUGUAUUUUUAGUAGAGACGGCAUGUCACCAUGUUGGCCAGGCUGGUCUCGAACUCCUGACCUCAGGUGAUGCACGCACCUCGGCCUCCUAAAGUGCUGGGAUUACAGGCAUGAGCCACCGCACCCGGCCUGCCAGUGUCUUUUAAUACACGUGUGUGUUGGUAUUUUUAAAUUUGUUACAUCAAAGUUUGUGGAUGGACCAUGAUCCUAAGAUGAGUUUUAAUUUUGUGUUUAUAGUCAUCUCUUGUACAACCUGGAGAAGAAAAGAUAUACUUACUACUUUGCUUCAGGUACACAUAAGAAAACCUCUUUUUUAAAACAAUGUUUAUUUUUUGGCCGGGCGCGGUGGCUCACGCUUGUAAUCCCAGCACUUUGGGAGGCCGAGGCGGGCGGAUCACGAGGUCAGGAGAUCGAGACCACGGUGAAACCCCGUCUCUACUAAAAAAUACAAAAAAUUAGCCGGGCGCGGUGGCGGGCGCCUGUAGUCCCAGCUACUCGGAGGCUGAGGCAGGAGAAUGGCGUGAACCCGGGAGGCGGAGCUUGCAGUGAGCCGAGAUUGCGCCACUGCACUCCAGCCUGGGCGACAGAGCAAGACUCCGUCUCAAAAAAAAAAAAAAAAAAAAAAAAAAAACAAUGUUUGUUUUUUUACAUAAUAGAGACAGGGGCUCACUGUAUCUUCCAGGCUGGCCUUAAACUCCUGGGCUCAAGCAAUCCUCCUUUCUUGGCCUCCCAAAGUGUUGGGAUUUCAGGUAUGAGACACCACACCUGCCCAUUUUUGUUUGUUUUUUUAAUGGGCAGGUUCUUGCUCUGUUUCCCAGGCUGGAGUGCAGUGGUGUAAUCACAGUUCACUGAAGUCUGGAACUCCUGGACUCAAGCAGUCCUCCCACCUCAGCCUCCUAAAGCACUGGGAUUACAGGCUUGAGGCACUGCACCUGGCCCUGACUGUUUUUUAAAAAGGUUAGACUGACUUAGUGCAAAGUUUAAAAUUAUAUGAUUCUUAAAAUACUGAAUUAGUUUCUAACCUAAACUAGAAGUAUAGGUGGACCUGCUUGAGGUAUCUUUGUUUUUAUGGAACAUUUUUAUUACAUGUCUUUAUAAUUUUUCAUUGUUCACACCCUGUACUGAAACCUUUUUCUCAAAUACCAACUCUUGUCUAUGUUAAAUUUAUAGACUUUAAAAGAUGUUAUCUAAAUUAAUGGUUUAAAUAUACAAAUUGAGAAUAUUUUCUUUUUAGUGGCAAUUUUAAAAGCAGGCCUUAAUAUGGGACCUGCUUUUAAAGUAAAAUAUGUGGUCCUAUGAAUUACUAAAUUGCUAUAUACCAUGUAAUAGUGAGUAUAGCUAGUAUUUAGUAUGCCUUUUAAAAAUUUUGGACUGCUUUUCAGUUUUAACAAAUUCUCCACAUUUGUGAACUACUCAAGAAAUUUUCCGUUUUUAAUUGCCUCUAUAGCACUCAUAAAAGCUAGGGCAUUAGGAUAAACUAGAAUAUUUUAUGUUUAUGAAUACUUGUAUAAACUUAAAAGUGUUUUGAUUUCCCACAAUUUCCCAAAGGAAUGUUUAUUUAUUAAGAGUUGUGUUGAUAAUUUAAGUGUUACAAUUUCAGCGGUUGAGUUCAGUGAACAUUGGUUGAGGAGUGCCUAUUUCUAAGCACUGGGUGUAAGAAUAAAAGACACUGCAAAAGGAAGAGCUAAGAUUAACAUAAUUUCUUUGGUUUUUCUAUUGCUUGUUAUUAUGUAAAAACUGGGUGGCAGUUCAGAAGGAAGAUUGUUGUAACAAGAAUGACAACCAAUAGUUUUUUGAUCAUUAAAUCAUAUUUUGUGAACAGUGGCAGGAGCAUGGACUUAAAACAAGGCUUACUUAUUUGGUUUUGUCAAAAUUUUACGAAAAUAUGUCAUAUAUAUUUAUACUAAAACUGUAUAAUCCUUAGAUUUAGAAAAGCAAUCAGUUAAUGUCUUUAGCACACUAAAGCAGUAUUAAACACAGGUACAAGUUGGAAAUGGUAGAAAACUGAAAGAAAACAAAAGACAAAAUGUCUAUGGUAGGGAAUAAAAGAGUUUAAGAAUAAAGAGUUUAUGUAAAAUUA